AAUGAGAGAUCAGUCGCAUCAUGCUCAAUUGUGAGAGAUGAGGCUCUGCGUGCUAGUGCUGGCUCUCGUGGCCGUGACCAUCACGUCAAAGGUCACCGCGGCGCCCACAGAAAAGCAGGUGGUUACGCCGAAGAUUUACUUCUUGCACAUCAAAUCGGACAUUAGGGCCAGAUAUGCCAAGACGUUCGUCACCAGCAAAGUGGUCAACCCCUCUGACAAAGCCCAGGAAGUUGUGUACCAGAUGACUAUUCCAGAGACUGCGUUUAUUUCCAACUUUACCAUGCUGUUAGAUGACGAGCUGAUGAAGGGUCAGGUGAAAGAACGGACAGAGGCGAAGCACGAGUACCACGCGGCAAAGGAGUCGGGCCAGACUGCCGGGCACGUAGCAACGGCCACGGUGCGCGACUCGAAUCAGGUGCGGAUUUCCGUGAAUGUAGGCCCGCAGUCAAAGGUCACCUUCAACGUGACAUACGAAGAAUUGCUGGUCAGACGCAAGGGCAGAUACGAGCUGUCGAUCAACGUCAACCCCCGCCAGGUUGUGCCAGAUUUGGCGAUAGAUGUGUUCAUCAAGGAAAACAGGAACAUAACGCUGCUGCAGGUGCCUGAAUUCAGAUCCAGCAAUGAAAUUGACUUUGAUGAAAUUGACGAGAUUUCAAACCUCACUCAAGUGCAGAGGACCUCCAAGCAAAAGCUCCACUUGCACUUUGCUCCCAGUGAAAGUGACCAGAUCAGGUUGGCCGGAAAUGAUAAGUCAGGUCUGGGUGGCCGCUUUGUGGUCAGGUACGACGUGGACAGGAAAAAUCAACCCGAGAGUGAAAUUCUGACAAGAGACGGCUACUUUGUGCAUUUCUUCACACCACCCGAAGAAAAGCCUCUUCCAAAACAUGUAGUCUUCGUUUUGGACGUGAGCGGCUCCAUGUACGGCAAGAAAAUGGUUCAACUGAAGGAAGCAAUGAAUGCUAUUCUUGACGAACUCCGUCCUCAGGACUACUUCAACUUGAUCGAGUUCUCUCAUCCCGUCACGAUCCUCAACCUGGACACUCCGUCAAACAGCACCGUAAUCCAACCAGCAGAAAGCUCCCCUUGGUACGAUCAGCCGCCUGUGUCGCCUGACCCAGCGUUAAGGACCGUUCCAGAUAAUAUAAAUGCUUACCCUGCUACUCAAUUUUAUAUAAAUAUUGCGAAAGAAGCAGUGGAGAAAAUGACUGCGACUGGCGGCACUAACAUCCACGAUUCCGUGAAGGCGGCAAUUGAACUAACGCAGAAAGCAGUCCCCAAUAAUAGCACUGAAACCAAACUUCCGGCUCCAAUUAUCAUUUUCCUGACGGACGGAGAAGCGACUGUUGGUGAGACCGGUGCAGACAAAAUUUUGGAGCUUAUUUCAACUGACAGGGAUGGUGGCGUUCCUAUCUUCAGUUUGGCCUUUGGAGAUGACGCUGAUUUGAAGUUCCUUAAAAGACUAAGUCUUAGAGCCGGGGCUUUUGCUAGAAAAAUUUACGAGGCUUCUGAUGCGGCUCUACAACUGAGAGACUUUUACCGCCAGGUUGCGUCUCCCUUACUCACGAACGCAACCUUUGAAUACGACAAAGAAAAGGUGGAGGGAAAGGUUUUGACGAAACAAAAAUUCGGGCUAGUUUUCUCUGGCUCAGAGCUUGUCGUGGCGGGAAAACUAAUUUCGGGAGUGGAGAGACUGGACGGUAAUGUGCUCACUUCAAGGGGUAAUUACCUUCUUCCUGUGCCGGGAGAGAACCCUACCCCUAUUGCCAGGGACACGGAAGACAACUUCCUCGAGAGACUGUGGGCAUUCCUCAGCAUCAAACAAAAGCUGGACCAAUACGAAGCAGGCAGAUUGGAAAGCACUGCUGCUGCGAAAAAUGCUAGCGAAGAAAAACCCUCGUUCGAAGUGGCGAAGGGAGACGCCCUGAGGCUAGCCCUCCAGUUUUCUUUUGUCACUCCUGUAACCUCUCUGGUCGUGGUGAAGAGUGACGAUGGCACUGCGAACGAAAAGGAGCCCAGCAAAGUAGUGAUCGGAAACGAAGAGGAGGAAGAAAAUGAGUUGACCCCCUACGUCGGUUCUUCUUACCACAACGCGAUUGCUCUACAGUCAGUGUCUACCGCGGGAUCAGCAGAUUUACACAGAGUUUCUUGGAAUAUGGCUCACCGGAUAAAACCUGCAGGCUGGGGUUUUGCCGCUGCGACCAAGGAGAGUGCUGAAAGCGACUUUGAUUCCGACGCAGUGCUGGAUGCCACAUUAACAUCCACCCUGGAAACUACGACGCCGGAAAUUUCAACAGUACCUAUUUCUCAAAUAUCCUGGCUCAUUCCCGAAUUGCAAGGAAACUGCAGUACAGAUGACUGGCAAUGUUUCAAGAUAGGAAAUUCCUCUGAAGUGCAAAAAGUCUUGUCUUUCAACAAGAGUCAAAAUGUGACUGGUGAUAUUUGUGCCAACAACGACGUCUGCAAGCCUUUCACGACUUGCAUCCUGCCUGAAUUCUCGACCGAUACGUCAUCAGACGCUUUUGUUCAAAAUUUGAAGUGUGAUGUUUUACUGGACGGUGACAAGUUUUUGGGAGUUUGCUGCCCACAAAACAACUCAAGCUUAACAACGAGACUAGAGGCUGAAGCUGUUGAUUAAAAUAGUGCAUUUUUCUUGAUAAGGUAAAAUGAGCAGGCGGGUUAUCAAUAAAUAUUCGUAAUUUAUCUCCUCAUCAA